AAUAUAAAACUUUCUUUACAACUUAAGAAAUCAAGAUUUUGCUGUUCUGUUGUGACAAGUGGAAAUCUACCAAUAUCAGAUAUUUGUGGUAAGCUUAUAACUUUAUUAGAUUGUGAUAAAGUAGAAUCCGAAAUGCUAACAUAUGAAAUCUCUCGCAUCUUUCUUAUCUUUCUUACUAACCUUGGUGAUGUAUUCACGUUAGUACGUGCACUUUGCGUUGUAAUUUGUAAAGAACUGAAAGAACUCUGUGUUGUAACUAGUGAGAUACUAGAACUUUGUGUUGAGGAAAAUGGCGAGCCAAGACCAACUGAAGAUUUAGUCGUACUUGUUAUUUGUGAUAAAGAAGAUAAUCCAACUGACGUACUUGUUAUUUGUGAUGAAUUAGAACUUUGUGUUGUGGAAGAUAGUGUGCCAGAACCAACUGAAGGUUUCGUCGUACUUGUUAUUUGUGAUGAAUUGGAACUUUGUGUUGUGGAAGAAAGUGUGCCAGAACCAACUGAAGGUUUCGUCGUACUUGUUAUUUGUGAUGAAUUAGAACUUUGUGUUGUGGAAGAUAGUGUGCCAGAACCAACUGAAGGUUUCGUCGUACUUGUUAUUUGUGAUGAAUUAGAACUUUGUGUUGUGGAAGAAAGUGUGCCAGAACCAACUGAAGGUUUCGUCGUACUUGUUAUUUGUGAUGAAUUGGAACUUUGUGUUGUGAAAGGUGAUGUGCCAAAACCAGUAAAACCAGUUAAAGAUUUCCUCUUAUUUUGUGUUGUGGAAGAUGGCGUGCCAAAACCAACUGUACUUGCAAUUUGUGUUGUCUUUGUAAUAUUAGAUAAAUUAGAACUUUGUGUUGUGGAAGAACCGAAAAUGCCGUUAAAUAGAGGUUGUGCUCCAAAAUCAGAACUUUUUGAAGUACUGGAAGGAGGGCCAAAUGAUCCAAAACCAGAUGCACCAAAAUUAUGA